UCGUCGUGACCCCUGGAGGAUACAUCUCUGAUGCUAAUCUGUUCAUUAAUACAUUGAAUAAGGUUGAUGAUGCAGGUGACACGCACACAACUUCAAACGACAAAGAAAACCCAUAAGCAGCUAUAGAAAGGGCGCACGUGCUGAAGCAAGACAGAACUAGCGAUUGUUGAUCGAAAUGAGGAAUGUGAUGCGUGGACUCGAGUGAACUUUGGCAAUAACAUUCCCUACGAGUUAGGAAAGCGACGGCGUAUAUUACUCCCAUCUGUAAAUUCUGAGAAAGUUACUCUGGGAACUUUUCAAGGAGCCACUGCGUAAAUUAACCUAAGAAAGAAGAUUCGUGGUCAGUUCAUCUACAAGGAACCAAGAUAUUAAUCAACUGGUCGUGUUCCUCAAUGUUUUAUUGUUCAUGUUCCCUCAGAACUUCAGCAUACUCUUCUGUAACAGCACCAUAUCAUUUUUAACGUUUUUAAUUAGUUUAUUAACCUUUUAACGUAAGCUGUACUUUCAUUAACAUGAAGUUGCAUGCAGUAUUUUAGAUUAUAUAAUGUCACUACAAAUGUAUGAAUUUUAAGAUUAGAGCCGUGCUUAAAUUUUACUCUGGCAAACGGUUUUUUAUAAUAGUUUAAUUAUAUUAAACGGCUGAAUGUGUUUUAACUUGACAAUAAGUAGUUAUUUCAACUUUUAUAUUUUGCUUUGACACUUUGUACUUUUACCAGCAACCUUUGAUAAAGGUUGCCGAAACUCGUUUCUUACAUUAAGGAACUCUUGUACUGGCAAACGACCUUGACAUUUUGCUGUUAGUAAAAAAUUAGAGGUAUUCAGCUGCCUUAUAUUUAGUUUAGUGAAAUUUAUUAAUAUAUAACUCGUGUGCAUAAGGAAGAAAAUAACUCAAUAUGGAGAACAUAGAGGUAAAGGAGUAUACUCAGGACAUGGUGCACAACUUAAUAAAAGGUUCUAGAAAGUUGGGCUCGGGCACCUCUGGCACAGUGUAUCUCGUGAAUGAUGAGGAUACAUGGCGGUGUGUCAAGGUAGGCAACGCUGACACUUCGCCAGCAGAGUUAGCAGAAGAAGGGAAGGUGCUCUUGCAUCUGGCGGGAGCUGGGGGCGCUCCUAUCUUGUACGGCAAGUGCCUCGAUCCCCAGGCACUGGUUAUAUCGUACUGCGGCUCUUGUACGUUCCAGAACUUACGCAGUUUGGUAAAGACUGACCACGGGUGUAUUAGGAUGAUCUUGCAGCUCGCUCAGGCCCUUGCAGAGGUGCACAGCAAGAUGAUCAUCCAUAAUGACCUUAGAGACGAAAACGUAGUAAUUCGCCAGGGAAAAUUAGGUGAAUGGCCAGAAGUUUCCAUAAUUGACUAUGGCAUCGCCAAGCGCCUUGGCCAAGUUACCGCUGGGAUUGAAGGGGAAACAAACUCGAAUUUACCUUGGAUAGCGCCCGAGAUGUUAAAAUACGGUGCAGUGUGUACGAGAGCUGUAGACGUUUACUCUCUUGGCAAUCUAAUACAUAGUACUGUACACAGGUCGAUGAAAGGUAAGUAUCCAGAGCUGGAGAGGCUGGCAGAGAAAGCAAGCAGCCGAUGCCCCACCGAUAGACCUUCUCUAACGCACAUUAUCAAUGUUCUCCUAAAUCUGGAGAGAAGAACAGACCCCAAAAGGAAUAGACUCCCACCCCCAGGUGCGGAGUACCGGCCAAGCAACCCAGAAAUUUAACGCACAAGUUAAGAAAUUAACACUUACAUCUCGCUCGUUACGUUUAAAAUAGAUGAAAAUAUUUUUCAAGGAUAAG